GCGCCAUCAAUUUUAACCCUGCUUGCUACCCUUAGUUCGAAACAACACGGAAGUAAUAGCACCUGUUCUAAUUUCCAUUCAAGCAUCUAGUUUACAACAUUUCGUAUAUUUCGCUCGUUGAUUUUAAAUCAAACGUUUGUACUAACAGAGUAUUUCGAGUUACAGAAGUCGGACAGUUCGGCAAUAAAAAAAGCGCCUUUUACUGGCUAUCUUGAUGCCGUUGCUAGUUACUGACGUUGCUGUGGAGGGGAUUAAGUUUAAUGCUAGAUCAAUGUAACGCAUCUUUGGGAAGAAAUAGUUUUUUCCCCCCCAUAAGCAUACCACUGGUAAAUUGUAUGUCAUAGAUUUGCGGUUGCUGUCAAUCGUCGUGGCAUACAUGUAUCUAGGGUUAGGAUAUUGCAACGUAGUUAAGGCAACACGCUAGCUGGUUGUGAAGAACUGUCAAAUGAGAAAGCUAACGUUAGCUAGCUAAGCUUUCCAGUUCCAUUGGCUUUGUGAGCUAGAUUGUCUAGCAAGGAGAUAUAGUCGCCACAAUGAGAGUGAGUUCGUCUGUUUUUGCGUCAUUUUGCCUCAUAUUAGAGCUAUUCGGCCUUGCCCUUUUCUUAAGAGGAUUUUUCCCUGUUCCUGUCAAGUCAUCUUUUUCAUCGAAGAGUAAACUUUCUGACCUGCCGGCUGAACCUUUGGCAGGGAGUGGGCCCAACUCAUCCAAAGUCCCCCCGCCUCUGUUUAAAAGGGUGGUAAUAGUACUGAUCGAUGCACUCAGAGAGGAUUUUAUAUUUGGACCCAGUGGAAAAAACUACAUGCCAUACACAAGGCAUCUGGUGGAGCGAGGGUCAACCCACAGUUUUGUGGCCAAGGCUAGACCGCCCACUGUUACAAUGCCGAGGAUCAAGGCCCUGACCACUGGCAGUAUCCCGGGCUUCAUAGACGUGGUGAUGAACCUGAACUCGCCCAUGCUCCACGAGGACAACCUCCUGUGGCAGGCCAAGACGGCCGGCAAGCGCAUCAUCUUCUACGGGGACGACACGUGGGUGCGCCUCUUCCCCAAGAUCUUCAUGGAGUACGACGGCACCACCUCCUUCUUCGUCUCCGACUACACUGAGGUGGACAACAAUGUGACGCGUCAUUUGGACAGCACCCUGAAGCGGGACGACUGGGACGUUCUGAUCCUGCACUACCUGGGGCUGGACCACAUAGGUCACAUCAGUGGCCCACACAGCUCCCUCAUCGGACCCAAACUCCUGGAGAUGGACGACGUGCUCAAGAAGAUACACGCUGCCCUCAUCUCAAAGGAGUCAGAGGGGACCCUGCCCAACCUGCUGGUGCUGUGUGGAGACCACGGCAUGUCUGAGACGGGCAGUCAUGGCGGAUCCUCUGAGCCUGAAAUCAACACUCCUCUGGUGCUCAUCAGUCCGGCAUUCAAACGCAAAGUGGGGAUGGAGAAGCCUGGCGUGGUAGAGCAGGUUGAUCUGGCCCCCACCCUGUCGUUGAGCCUGGGUCUGCCCAUCUCUCAGAACAGCGUUGGGCGUCUGAUCCCGGGCGUGUUCGAGGAGUCCUCCCUGAGGGACCAGCUACGCUUCCUCCACCUCAACGGGUACCAGCUCAGCUGCCUGCUCAAAGACAGCACACUCACAUACCAGCAGGAGGAAGGGUACGAGCUGUUCCGCGUGGCGGAGAAGGCCCACGGUAACUGGAUGAAGCUGUACCUGGAGGGCAACACCUCUGAGGUGCUGACCAACAUGGGCCGCAAGGUGCUGCGCCAGUACAUGGAGGCGCUGAGGGCCAUGAGCUCCGCGCUCAGCAAGCAGCUGGGCAAAUACGACAUGUACUCUAUGGUGGUGGGCACCAUCCUACUCGUAGAGAUGCUGCUGCUGCUGCUGCUGGCCAUGCCCGAGGCCCUGAGCAGGGCUGCGGAGGUGGACGUGCCCGUGGGCUCUGCACUGGUGUCUCUGCCCUUCUACCUGCUGUGCCUGCUGUUCGCCGCGCUGCACGUGGUGGUCUGCACGUCGGCCGGCGGCUCCUGCUACUUCUGCGCCCUCCCCUGGGCCCUGGUGUUCGUCGCCGUCGCCUGCUCCUCGGCCCUCCUCUGCGCGCUCGUCGCCAUGGCAGCCAGGAGGCUCGCGCAGGGAACCAGAUCCCCCAGCAAGAGCUCGUCCCCUGGUUGGGAGUUGUCGGAGCUGGACGUGCUGCUGCUGAUGGGGACGGUGGGCCACACGCUCAGCCUGGGCGCCUCCAGCUUCGUGGAAGAGGAGCACCAGAGCUGGUACUUCCUGCUCAACACGCUCUGCCUGGCCGUCUUCCAGGACGUCUGCCGCAAGUACUUCCGCGAGAGGCGGCGCGCCAGCCAGGGGGGUGGCAGUGACAGCGAGGGGGACGAGCCACUGCUCCCCUCCGGGAAGGAUCACCGACCCCUGACCUCCGCCGCCGCCGCCGAUGACCCCGACUCGUCCCCGCUGGCCAACCUGGGCAUGAGCAAGGGCUCAGAGAAGUGGUUGGCCCUGGCGACGCCACCCCUGACCCUGGCCUGCUGUCGGAUGCUGCGCUCGCUCAACCAGACGGGCAUCCAGUGGGCACACCUGCCUGACCUUAGCCAUUGGCUCAACAAUGGUGAACAUAAGCUGAUCCUGUCCGUGCUGUCAGCGGUGUCCCUGAUGCUCAUCUUCGCCCUGGUGCAGCGCCGGUGCUCCGCCGUGUCCAAGAUCGCCCUGGCGCUCGGCCUCCUGGGAGUCUACAGCUACCGCGCCGCUGCCGGCAGUGUCCUGUUCCCAUGGCAACACAGCAGCCGCGCCGCGUCCAAGGGCACAAUGGAGGCACGCUUUGUCUACGUCUUCGUCCUGGGCAUCCUCUUCACCGGCGCCAAGGACCUGCUCCGCUCACAGCUGGUGUCUGCGGAGGCUCGUCUGCGCAGCAGGGGAUUGUGGGAGGUGUACAGUGGCAUGGUGCUGCUGGUGGCGCUGCUCCUGCGCGCCCACAACCUGCCCACCCUGGCCUGCUGCCUGCUGGUGCAGUCGCUCAUGGCCCAGUUCAUCUGGAAGAGGCUCCACUACGACGCCGCUCAGACUACCAUCAUGCACUACUGGUUCGGACAGGCCUUUUUCUACUUCCAGGGAAACUCCAACAACAUAGCAACGGUGGACAUCUCCGUGGGCUUCGUGGGGUUGGAGAGUUAUGUUGAGGCUCCGGCCAUCUUCCUGACGGCUCUGAGCACCUACGCCGGGCCUCUGCUCUGGGCCUGCCACCUGGUGUGCUACCUCAGCUCCGAGAGAGACAGCAGGAGUAGUGCAGCGUUGGGCCACGGCUGCUACUGCUUUGCGCUGCUGCGGUCGGUGCCGGCGGUCUUCUACGUGCUGCUGGUGACGGCCCUGCGCUACCACCUCUUCAUCUGGAGCGUCUUCUCCCCCAAGCUGCUCUACGAGGCCAUGCACACCCUCGUCACCGCCGUCAUCUGCGUCUUCUUCACCUUCAUGGACCAGAGCCCUCCCUCCAGCAGGCCCUAACAUGACCUCCCCCAGUCCCCCAUCCCUGUAACCCCCAUCCCCCCAUACGCCCCCCAUACCCUGCCACCAACGCACCCACCCACUCCCACUCCCCACCCACCUCCAGCGCUCCGACAGGCUGACAGAAGGGCUGCAGGCGAGGAUGACUGGAUGAAAGAGAGAUGGAGGGUGCAGGUGGAGUUCAGAGACCCAGGAGGAGCGUGAGCAGAGGCACUGAGGAGUGAGGAGAACUUCUGUGGCGGACUGACGGGCGGACGGACGUGACGGACGUGACGGAUCUGCAGCCUCUCCUGUACAGCACACAGCGGUGUAAAACUAACUUUGGAAAAACCAAAAGGAAUACAGAAUGUUUGGGGUCUGCGUGAGCGGGCGCUGUCUGUUUGGUUCACUCAGGAAACGAUUCCACUGAAUGUAAGACCACAAAGUCACACCUUUUUUAAGCUUUUUUUUCCCCCCAACUAUUUUGGUCAUUCAGUGUCGGUGGUAGACCAUCACAGCGAAUAGGAUAUAAUGAUGAAAUAUUUAUCAGCCUGCCAUGGCUGAUAUGAACAAUAGGUUGAAGGGCUGCCAUAACCAACACAUCAAACAUGGACAACUUUGUUGGACUAUAUUUCUUUGCUGACAGACAGCCCCUUCAGUCCCAGGCAGUAGCGGACUGAUUUAUUAGACAAAGUAGCAUCUGCUGUUUUGCAGGGUUUUUUAAGGGUACUUCAACAGUUUCUCUUUGGAGCUAGCUUAAAAACCAACCCAAUAAAAAGUUAUUCCACUUAAUCAGGAGCUGGCAGCAGGAACUGUAUUGAUGUUCUAAAGGUCAACCUUUCCAAGAGUAAAAACUUGCUACCCUCAGCAGAAGUUCUUACUCCAGUGAUAACGUGGCAAAUGUGCGAGCUUGUGAAACUAGUAUGUGUAGAAGAAAUAAUACCGUAUCCACAGAUAAUUGCCGUGUCCGUGCGAUAGCAUCUCGCGUGUUAGCACUUCCUUGUGUAAGUUAUUAUUACCAGAUUAUUACCUGUGACAUUCAUUCAUUAUGGAUAAAAAAACGGAGAUAUCCAGGACAAACUCGGAAGAGUCUCAAUAAUAGGUCUGAGAGACAAUGCAAUAAGUACUGCAGAUUUUUUUUGUCCAUGCAAAUCAGAUGCCUAUGGUGGUGUCCAGACAGUCGUUUUUUUCCCUUGCUGAAAAGCUUGCAGCAUUUCACAACCGAACCCAAUUGUGUGUUGGGAAUGUAGACAUAAGCAUUUUUACAGCAUAUAUUUAUGUGUUGGGCAGUGAUAUUAAAUAUCCAGAUUUACUGCACAGGGGGGGGGGGCAAGAAAGUGUUUCAGGAAAGAUCCUCUGUGUCAGUCUCUAUUCUUGCAUUCAGUUUAUUUCAUGAUUUUUGGCGGUUUUAUACCAAAACGGUUUACCAUUGUGUCACCGAGGAAGCCGAGGGGUCUCUGAAUGUGACGCGGCAAAGUGAAACCUCAGCUUAUAUCCCGCCGGGUAACUUUGAAUGAAACAGCCACUCUGCAGUCAAAAUGGUAAUAUACACAUUGACAGCAAGCUUCACGUUUAUCCUCCUCCUGUCCCGAGUCCAUGUCCAGUCGAGUUAUCCCAAAACUGCUUCUGCACUUUAAAGAGACCACUAAAAGUAGGCAGAAAUUUAAUUAAAUGUGAAUAUCUGUAUAUUUAUUUGAUUCAUUUUUACUGUUGCGUAUAUGACAUUGAUUGUUCUAAGUCUCACAGGUAGCGGAUAGCAUUCUCGUGCAUGGAAUGGUUUUGUCCGUUUCAUUAUGCGAGCUUUAACAACCUUGGUUGCUUCCAAUAUUCUAAAAAGGCUUUCUGAAGAUACAGAGACCAUGAUGAAUAUGUUUGUAAGGAUUUAAGUAUAAUGGAAAUCGUUUUGCCAGGAUGUAUAUAUUCAUAGUGUAUAUAUUUGAACGGGUGAUUGAAUAAUUGUACUUAAUGGAGACAAAAGGUGCUGUUGACCUCUGUCCAGAGGUCCAGAGGUCGUCACUCAUUCAUGCGGGGAGUCUUCAGCCUCCAACUAUGCAACUUAUUGAGCCUGUCCUGAUGAGAUGAUUCUCCCAGACAUGCCAAUAAUCAAUGACUGUGCUAAAGGUCUGUGGUGCACGGCAGCUCAGGUCUUUGAAGCUGAAAGGUUUGAGGAUUAUUGAUGAUUGACAGCUCUUUGAAACUCCCUUCAAACCUUGAGAAAUGAUUGGGGUACACACACUCAGACAGUACACACACACACACACUCAGACAGUACAACACACACACACACAGACAGUACACACACACACGCAGACAGUACACACACACACACACACGCACAAAGUACACAGAAAGUUUCAAAGAAGGAUGCAGACCUUGUAAAACUGGUGACUAAACUUUCAUGGAAUUGAAGAACUACAUUUCAGACAUUAUUUGCCUAAAUACUCCAGGGGGGAAGAGAACAUUAUUUUGGUGAAUACCUUUUGAAGGUUAUCUACGGGAAACAAUAUCAAAAUGACACAUUGUUGAAGGGAUACUUCCAUUCAUGUUCUUAUGACAUGACGGAGUAUUUUGAAUUAUUGUUUUUUUU